AAGGGGAGGAUCGCACUGAGGCGUUUGGCUAACACGAUGAGCUCCUGAAUAUUUCCAGUAUUAGAUUUGUUUCUGGCUUUCCUCAGCCACCUGUAAUGUACUUUACAGCAGCCAUAUGAUCGGGACUGACUAAGCAGAAGCCAAUCCUUCGGAGUGUGAUUGGGCGUACCCCCCCUCCCCUCUCACUGGUGAACUGCUGAUGUUGAGCAUCCCCUGAUGUAAUGUUAUCACACACCUCUGUAACCGAUCAGAGGGCGUGAAGCGCCCCCCCAAAAGAUGCAUACAAUCCACCAAGGCUGCCUCUGGGAGUGACGCAGAGGAAACACGUUUCAGGGCUGCUCCAUCGCAACAGUAAAGCCAGCCUCCGACCUGGAACUAGUGGCUUGUCUGGAAAAAAAAUCAGGCAGGAGUUUUGGGAUUUCCAAGGUAUACUAGGAACAUAUCGCAAAAGAAUAAUAAUAAUACGGUUAAAAAAACAGUAUACAGCAGAAUGUAAGCUCCCCUUGCUGGCUUCGAGUAACUGCUUUAUUCCAUUGCAAUAAAAUAAUUAAGGCACCUCAUCAGCUAUUCUCACGGAUUGGUGUGGGUACCUGGGGGUGCCCUAGCAGGCUGGGAAAGGCUGCUUCUGCUACCACCUCAUCCACAAAGGAGAACGCUCGGGGGUACGGCAUGACUGGGAAUAAACCAAGGGAUACAUCCACUCCGAGGGGACCGUGGUGGCAUCCUACCCUGUCCUUUGUCCCUUGUCCGGUCCUGCAGCAUUGGAUGAAACCACCUCUGCAAUAAACAGUCUCUGUGGGGACAUCGAGGCAGAAGAGGAAUCGAUCAUUCAAGUCUUUCUGCAGCAGCGUAUUGUCUUAACUCACAUCGAGUUAGUUGGCUGCCUGCUGCAUAAAAAUAUUUUCUUGGACAGUACCUUCUUGAGGAUAAAGGAUUGUCAUUCACGGUCCAUCUUAGAGGGAGAAUUUGAUGGCACCAGGUAUAUUAGUGACACAAAGGGAUACAAUAGCAGAGCAUUUGUUUUGGAGCAGAAGGGGCAGGACUGACUACUUGGGUACAAGAUUAUUGAAGAACGGCUUUGAAAUUGUAACAAGGAUGGCCAGUUCAGCCCGGGAGCAUUUACUGUUUGUAAGGCGAAGGAAUCCACAACUGCGUUACACUCUGAGUCCUGAGAAUCUGCAGAGCCUAGCAGCCCAGAACACUGUGCCUGAGAAUUUGAACUUCCAGCGGGCUAAUAGUGACACGGAUCUGGUGACAUCAGAGAGUCGCUCCAGCCUGACAGCAAGCAUGUAUGAGUACACUCUGGGACAUUCUCAACACCUCAUCAUUUACUGGGAUAUUAAAGAGGAGGUGGACCCCACAGACUGGAUUGGACUGUAUCAUAUAGAUGAGAAUUCUCCGGCAAAUUUCUGGGACUCUAAGAACCGGGGUGUAAAUGGCACACAAAGGGGGCAGAUUGUAUGGAGGCUUGAGCCAGGCCCCUACUUUAUGGAGCCUGAAACAAAAAUCUGCUUUAAAUACUACCAUGGAGUAAGUGGGGCCCUAAGAGCCACAACUCCAUGUAUCACAGUGAAGAACACAGCUGCAACGAUGGGUGCAGAAGGAGUGGAUGAAGGAGCCUCUGCAAUGCAACAUUGCAGAAAACUCAUCAGUUUUUCAUUAACAGACAUAAGGGCCAUUGGGCUGAAGAAGGGAAUGUUCUUUAACCCUGAUCCAUAUCUUAAGAUGUCCAUCCAACCAGGAAAGAAAAGUACUUUCCCAGUGUUUGCCCACCAUGGACAGGAAAGGAGAUCCACAAUCAUUGCCAACACCAUCAAUCCCAUAUGGCAUGGAGAGCGAUACUCAUUUGUUGCUCUUCUCACUGAUGUCUUGGAAAUUGAAGUAAAAGACAAAUUUGCCAAGAGUCGUCCCAUCAUCAGACGCUUUCUGGGAAAGCUAGUCAUACCUGUUCAGAGACUGUUGGAAAGGCACGCCAUUGGAGAACAGAUUCUUAACUAUAACUUAUGCAGAAGACUUCCAACAGACCAUGUCAGUGGUUGUCUCCAGUUUAAAGUUGAGAUCACAUCAUCAGUUCAUGAAGAUGCCUGUCCAGAUGCAGUUGACACUCUUCUACAUGAAAGUAAUAUAAAUGGUGAUUUGGGUAGUCCGUCGGAUGAUGAGGACCUGCCAGUAACUUUAGGUGAACAUCAUACACCCCAUCCUGUUUGCUCCAAUGGACCAGUGCAAGGAGAACAUACAGGUAGCUGUACUGGAACCCCACAGCACACAUCAGGAAGUGACAGCACAGCUGUGGAGGAGACAGAAGAACCUGCAUGUACUGCAGGAAGGACAUCACCUCCUGUUUGCCAAACACACCGUCAGGAUUCACUUAAUGACUAUCUUGACACAUUUGGAAGCAGUGGGGCUCCUAAAGUUGGUUCAUCUGGUUCUAGUGAACGAUCACGUGGAGCAUCACCCAAGCUGAGGAGCAGUUUCCCUACAGAUACCAGACUUAAUGCUAUGCUUCACAUUGACUCAGAUGAAGAGGAUCACGAUUUGCGUCAAGCCUUAGCACUUCAACCUACUAUAGAGGAAGGGGGCCUUGUCAUGUUAAAUGGCGCUGCUGGCAGUGCUGUUUGUGACUUUUUGAGUAAUCAAGAGACCAUGCAGGAUUUAGAUAAAGGUGCCACAGAGCAUUUAGUGUCAUCUGCUUCCACUUCUAUCCCAUGCCAGAUUUCUUCUGUCGAUCCAGAUGAUCUAAACCAACUCCUCAGCAACUUGCCAACAAUUGGAUUGGCAGAAGCUGGUGAUGAGGACCAAGGUGCACCAGACCUAGUCAGUGCUGCUAGGAACAGUGAGGUACUUCCACAGUGUGCCUGCCAGGAGAAUGAACAUGAGAUUCCAUCUGGAGAUGUUCAAACCCAGCCUGAGGGUGGUAAUGAACAUGAGAGAAAUUUAAUGCAAACUGAAUCUGUUGACCAAACCUCUGAACCUUCACAGGUGUCUUCUGAGAAUGAACAAAGUGACCCAGCUCGCACUGAAAGUGUCAGUGAUGCCAGCACAAGGCCAGAGGGAGAAAGUGAUGUAGAAGGGGCUGAUAGCUCAUACAAUGGAAGUGCAACAACUCGACUUUCUUCAGUCGAUACAAGGUACUCUUCUUUUGAAAGUGCUAGGUUUUCAGAGACCCCAGCAUUCUCAUCUCAAGAUGAAGAAGAUGGAGCUUGUGCAUUGGAGUCAGGAUCUGUGUUUCACUCAGAGAGAAGGGAUUCAGAAUGUACUUCCAGUCCAACACCAGAACCUCAGGUGGUAAAUGGAACCGAAGAGGGACAGCACACUGAGGUGACAGUGGAAGGUGAAACAGAGGUCUGGCAACCGCGUGUAAUCCCACAGGCUUCAGAAACAGAUCAUCAGGUACAGCAGGAGGAAGCAUCUGCUGCUGUCCAGGCAGCUACAGAAGAAGAUGCCCAAGCUCAGGAAAGCACUUCAGGUACACAGACCAAUGGCCAUCAGCCACUGAGAUCACUUCCCUCAGUGCGGCAGGAUGUUAGUCGAUAUCAGCGUGUCGAUGAAGCCCUUCCACCAAACUGGGAGGCUCGGAUUGAUAGCCAUGGUAGAAUUUUCUAUGUGGAUCAUGUGAAUCGAACAACAACCUGGCAGCGGCCAACAGCUCCCGCAGCUCCCCAGAUUCUGCAGCGGUCCAACUCUAUUCAGCAGAUGGAACAACUGAACAGGCGGUACCAGAGUAUCCGGAGGACAAUGACCAAUGAGAGGCAGGAAGACCAUGUCAGUAUCCUGGAUGGUGCAUCAGAAGAUAAUGACUUCCACCCCUCAGGUUCAGAAUUCCGGAGGGAGAUGACGUUGCCACAAUCUGCAUCAAGAUCCAGACUAAACUUAUUGCUGCAGUCUCCUGCUGUGAAAUUCCUCAUAAGUCCAGAAUUCUUUACAGUGCUACACUCAAACCCUAGUGCCUAUCGAAUGUUUACAAACAAUACAUGUCUAAAACACAUGAUUACCAAAAUCCGAAGGGAUACCCUCCAUUUUGAUCGCUACCAACAUAACCGUGAUCUGGUAACAUUUCUCAAUAUGUUUGCCAACAAGCAAUUAGAUCUCCCAAGAGGAUGGGAGAUGAAGCAUGAUCAGCAAAGCAAGGCAUUUUUUGUCGAUCAUAAUUCCCGCACUACUUCAUUCAUUGACCCCCGCCUUCCUCUGCAGAGCACCAGGCCGACAAGUGCCCUGAUGCAUAGGCAACAUUUAACACGGCAGCGAAGUCACAGCGCUGGUGAGGUCGUAGAUGAGUCCCGUCACUCUGCACCUCCAAUUGUUCCCAGACCUUCCAGCACCUUAAACACAGUUGCUAGAAACCAGUAUCUGGACCUAGUACCUGUAGCGUAUAAUGAUAAAAUUGUUGCAUUCCUGCGCCAGCCCAACAUUUUUGAAAUUUUACAAGAGCGUCAGCCAGAACUUGCUAGAAACCACGCACUCAGGGAGAAGAUCCAGUUUAUCCGAACUGAGGGGACUGCUGGACUUGGUCGGUUAUCUAGUGAUGCGGACCUCGUUAUUUUGUUAAGUUUAUUUGAAGAGGAAAUAAUGUCAUAUGUGCCUCCACAUGCCUUACUUCACCCCAGUUACUGCCAGUCUCCACGGGGCUCUCCAGUCUCUUCACCACAGAACUCCCCAGGUACCCAGCGUGCCAAUGCUAGAGCUCCCGCACCAUACAAGAGAGACUUCGAAGCAAAGCUCAGAAACUUCUAUAGAAAACUUGAAACAAAAGGAUACGGGCAAGGCCCAGGGAAGUUAAAGUUAAUAAUAAGAAGAGAUCAUUUGUUAGAAGAUGCCUUCAACCAGAUCAUGGGGUAUUCAAGAAAAGACCUACAGAGAAGUAAACUCUAUGUCACCUUUGUUGGGGAGGAAGGGUUGGAUUAUAGUGGGCCUUCAAGAGAAUUUUUCUUCCUAGUCUCCAGAGAGCUUUUCAACCCUUAUUAUGGUCUGUUUGAAUAUUCAGCAAAUGACACCUACACAGUGCAGAUCAGCCCCAUGUCAGCGUUCGUAGACAACCAUCAUGACUGGUUCCGCUUCAGUGGUCGGAUUCUUGGACUGGCCCUAAUUCAUCAGUAUUUGUUAGAUGCUUUCUUCACACGACCAUUUUAUAAGGGCUUGCUCAGAAUACUUUGUGAUCUGAGUGACUUGGAAUACCUUGAUGAAGAAUUCCACCAGAGUCUUCAGUGGAUGAAGGACAAUGAUAUCAGCGAUAUUUUAGAUCUGACAUUCACUGUCAAUGAAGAGGUCUUUGGGCAGAUCACAGAGCGAGAACUGAAGCCAGGGGGCGCCAACAUUCCAGUUACAGAGAAGAACAAGAAGGAGUAUAUUGAGAAAAUGGUGAAGUGGAGAAUUGAGAGAGGAGUUGUACAGCAGACGGAGAGUCUAGUACGGGGCUUCUAUGAGGUGGUGGAUGCCCGUCUGGUAUCAGUGUUUGAUGCAAGAGAACUGGAACUUGUAAUUGCCGGAACAGCAGAAAUUGACUUGGGUGACUGGAGAAAUAAUACAGAAUACAGAGGAGGUUACCAUGACAAUCAUAUAGUUAUUCGAUGGUUCUGGGCAGCUGUGGAAAGAUUUAACAAUGAGCAAAGGCUGAGACUGCUUCAGUUUGUUACAGGUACAUCCAGCAUUCCCUAUGAAGGAUUUGCAGCACUGAGGGGUAGCAAUGGACCAAGGAGAUUCUGUGUGGAGAAAUGGGGCAAAAUUACAGCACUUCCCAGGGCUCAUACAUGCUUCAACCGAUUAGAUUUGCCACCAUACCCUUCAUUCUCUAUGCUAUAUGAAAAGCUUCUGACUGCUGUUGAAGAGACCAGCACUUUUGGAUUAGAGUAGCGCAUGUUGCCUUUGUGCUCGCAACAGAUAUAUAUGAAUACACAUGUUGCCUCUUGUUGAAGAAUCACAUGAUAUCAGCAGCAGGUUUCUUAAGGAAGCAUUUUCCUUGUGGGUGUAUACAUGUCUGUGUGUGCUGGAGCUCUGCUGUGUGUCAAAAAAGGGACUAACUAGGCCUAAGAUGAAUGUCAUUCACUGCUGACAAUCAUAGCACAGCAUAUGUUAAAGAACUCUAGUGUCUUAGUAUGGACAGAACAUACCUUUGCAAAGAUAAAGUCCACUGUUAAUAGCAGCAACUUGGAGCUAUGGUUUGCAGAGGCGUGCCAAAGGCUUGUAUCCACUGCUGAAAAUGGAUCAUGAAAAGUCUGGCAGAGGUUCUUAAACUUUCAUGAAUUUUGAUUGAGCCAAAGUGUGACAUCAUUCAACCUUGCCAUAAAGCUAUCUGCUAUGGAACAAAAGGAGAUUUUUUUUUGAAUACUGAAAAAUGAACAAAAUUUGCAUUAUGCCAUAGUCAUAGGGCAUGAAUGCAAAUUAAUUUUUGCGAAACUCAUGGUUAGGCAUGACUGCAUGUUUUCCAUAAUUUUAGAUUUCAGCUUCCUUCAUGACAGACUUCAUUAGAACACAGUUAGAUGAAGUGAUGUCUUGAAAAUGACAUGCUUAUGAAGAAACUUUGCAGGGCGUCUUGCUGAUCUUGUAUUUGUACUUUAGCAAAACACAGGCUGUUUGAGUGUGAUGAUAAUACUUAACUGUUUUUGUACCUUUUUAUGCAUGAUGCAAAAAGUUAAGAAGUACGUGAACUGUAAAUUCAUCACGAUCCUAGUACAGGUAAGGAAGAAAAAGAAGUAUACAAGCAAUUUUAUUUUUUAUAUGUUCACACAAGUCUUUCCUUUUGAUUGUAAAUAGGAACAAAGGAAGUACUCUGAUGCACAUUCCUUCUGUUUCACACAUCACCCUUAGUAAGAUGAAAUCUAGUUCUUAAGUUUUUGUUUUAAGCACUCUUCAUGAAAUGAAAUAUCUUUUAUUUUUUUAUAUAAGUGUUGAAGAGAAAUUCUGAAAAAUAUUUUGCACUGAAUGUACCAAAGCAAAGGAACAGUAUAAUCUGCAGACUAGAAGUCACCACUGGAUAUAAUAUUUUAUCUAUAAUUUUAUUAUUUUAGUGCUGUGACUUCUGUAUAUCUGGACUGUGCCCUCAUAUCAUUCUUACACUAUUUAUGUAUUUCUGUACCAUCAUAUUAUUUAUGUAUUUAUGGUCGUCUUAGAACUUCUCAUGUUGUACAAGUUCUUGUCUUUUUCAUUCAGUAGUCCAAAUAUAAUGGAUACAUCAUAAAAUGUUUUUACCAGCUGAUUUGAGAUUAUACCACCAUUUGUAUUUGUAUAUAACAUAUCUUAUCACUGUAGCGCAGCAAAUUAAAAAAAUAAGAAACAACUACACUAAGAUGAAAAAAUGUUUAUAAAUUAUAAGUUGUGUUUUCAUGUUUA